CCAUUUCGUUAAAGGGCUAUGUUUUUUAUCCAUUGUCAGAGGGGAGCUAGAUUUGCGAUGACCCUUCUGCGAGACGUUUUUUGGACAACAUCAAGAGGAAUUCCAGAGGAAUUUCAUCCCUUUAACAAUGAGCAAUAGCUUGAGAAGUCGAAGUGAGAUCCUGCGAGAUGACGAAUGUCUCAUCAACUCCAAACUUCCUAAGGAGGACACUUUGAGGAUAUUUUCGUACCUCGACGUCGUGAGCCUGUGUCGAUGUGCCCAGGUAUCCAAGGCCUGGAACCAGCUUGCCCUGGAUGGUAGCAACUGGCAGAAGGUGGAUUUAUUUAACUUCCAGACGGAUGUCGAGGGGAAAGUGGUUGAGCAUAUUUCCAAGCGAUGUGGGGGCUUCCUGAAGAACCUAAGCCUGUACGGUUGCCAGAAUGUCACCGACGAUGCACUCAACACAUUUGCACAGAACUGCAGAAAUAUCGAGAUCCUUCGAAUGAGCGACUGCAAAAAGAUCUCGGACAAGACGGCGGCCAGCCUGAGCAAGUACUGCAGCAAGCUCCACCGACUCCGGCUGGACUCCUGCACAUCCAUCACAGACCAGGCACUCAAAUACCUCAGUGAUGGAUGCCACAACCUGAGCUAUCUCAACGUGUCCUGGUGUGGCCUUUCAGACAACGGUAUUGAAGCGUUGGCCAGGGGGUGCCCCAAACUAGCUGUGCUAAUCUGUAAAGGAUGUCAUCAAUUAACGGAAGAAUCUCUCACACAUUUAGGAACUCACAGUCCCCACUUGACAACCCUGAAUGUCCAAGGGUGCCAGUUGAUGACAGACGAGGGCAUGCAGAAACUCGCGCGGGGCUGCAGCAAACUACAGUCACUAUGCCUAUCGGGUUGCACACACCUCACAGAUGCAACGCUAGUAGCUCUGAGUAACUUCUGCCAUAAACUCAGAACAUUGGAAGUGGCCAGUUGCUCACAAUUUACAGACAAUGGCUUUCUAGCCUUAGCGAGAACGUGUUCAGAAUUAGAAAGAAUGGAUCUUGAAGAGUGCUCAUUGAUUACCGAUUCCACACUGUUGCACCUGGCCAAUGGUUGCCCGUCCCUGCAAGAACUGAGUUUCUCCCACUGCGAGCUGAUCACAGACGAGGGCAUCCGGCACAUAGGCACCAGCGCCUGCGCCACGGAGCACCUGCAGGUCAUCGAGCUAGACAACUGUCCCCUGAUCACGGACGUGUCGCUAGAACACCUGAUGGGUUGCCAGAGCCUGCAGAGGAUAGAGCUGUACGACUGCCAGUUGAUUACAAGGGCUGGGAUAAGGCGGCUAAGGGCACAGCAUCCUGAUGUCAAAGUCCAAGCCUAUUUUGCACCCGUUACUCCGCCCCCUUCAGUGGGAGGGGGUAGGCCACGGUACUGUAGAUGUUGCACAAUAAUCUAGAUACACUCCCCCCUCCCCCCUCCCCCUCCCCCCAGCAGAGAUCCACACUUUGGAAAUAUAAUAUUACAAAAACAAGUUUGAAACGCUCGCCUCUGAAUUACAUGUUGUCCCUGGAUAAUGUCAAUUUGAGAUGGUACUACUAGCAAGCAAAACCGCUGUUCGUAUAUAAUGCCAUGAAUAUGUCAAAAUAAGUCUGAAUUUUAUGAUGUUUACAGAGUCUCCUGUUUGGUCAUGUGUUUCGGUCCUCUUGAAACGUUACAGAAAAGUCCUGUCAUUUGUGAGGUUGACAAAGUUUUAGCUUCGAAAGCAAAUCGAAUCCAGUCCUUUUAAAAUCCGAUUGAACGUCACUUGAACUUCAAUGAGACAUAUUUAAAAAAAGAUACAAAAAUAAUCCUGCUAGCAUUCUUAACCAUCUUUACGCUAUUGAGUGGAAGUUGUUUUAAAAUUGUAAGAAAAGUACAAAAUAAGUGGUUAACGUCAACUAGAGAUCACUCAAAACUGGAAAGUGGAAUUUCUUUGGAAAGUAAAACUACUAAUUUCACUUAAUAUCACCCCCUCUCUCCCAGGAUUUGAAAGGUUACACAUUUUUCGCAACUAUUUUUGAAAACACAUAACUUUUUUUUGCGUCUGAAAAUUAAAGUUGUUGGAUUGAGUUGGGUUUUCUUACGAUUGUAGAAAUUUUUUGUCUUUGGCGAUUUUUUUUUUUUUUUUUUACAUUCAGAAAUAUUUUGUUUGUGAUACAUGCAGGGUUUCUUGGUGAGUUAAAUUGCCACAAAUUAAAAUUGUACCAUGUUUUGUCAUGUUGCAUUGGAGAUGAAGUAAUGUGGGACGCAAAAACCUUUCUCCCUUUUUUCCAAUAUAUUUUAUGAUAUCAUGCACAUUUAGUUGUACAAGAAAUCUAAUCUUGAUUAACAAAACUGAAAUUUUACAGACAGAACAUUUUAAAUGGUUUUAACAUCUUUAACCGGAUUCUUUUUUAUUGGAAAGAUUUAUAUUGAGAACGUUAAUUUUCUUUGCUGUAAGACAAGUUCAAAGCAGGCAGAGGUCUUUUUGUUUAAGCAGUUCAGAUGGAAUACAGUGGAAUGUCGCUGUAGCGAACACCGCUUUACCGAACAUUCGGCUAUACCGAACAUCAUCCUUGGCUCCCGAUUUUUGUGUACAAAACGUGACGAACAUUGUUGUUCGAAGAUGUCGACAGAAGAGUGACAAAUGGUUUUAUUUCCCCAAGGAAUAGAAGGGAAAAGCCACCCGUGUAAGCU